AUGAUGUGUAGCAUAAAUGGUAAUAACAAAAAAAGCAUUAAUAAUACCGCUAAUUCUGAGUUAACUGCUGAUUUAACUAUUGAUUCCAAGAAUAUUGUCAAUUAUAUUGAAAAAAAUAAUAAUGUAGAACAACAAAAAAAGAAUAUCAUUAUAACCACAUCAAGGCAAUGGACAUUGGAUGAUACAUUACCACUAAAUAAUUCAAAUUAUAAUAUGAAUACCAAUACCAAUAACAAUAACAAUAACAAUACCAAUAACACUAGGAACGAUAACAACGAAAUUAAAAACAAAAAUAACAACAAUACUACUGCUAAAAAGCUUAUUCAAAGUUAUAGUAUGGAUAGUACAGCAUCUACCCUUGGUGAGGGUGGAAGAAGUCAAAACAUGAGUAUUACUAAUAGUAUUAAUGAAAAUUUGCUUAAGUUAGCACUAAAUACGAAUACUACCAAGGUACCGAUAAAAGAAAUAAAUAAUCGUAAUACAAACACUAAAAAGGUCAAUAAUACCGGUGCCCAUAACUUUGUGGAUUUCACAGAAAUUAAAGAAGGUUCUGAUACUAAUGAUACUGAUACCUCUCAAAAUAAGAAUAAAACAAAGAACAGACAUAAUAACAGUGUACAAAGAACGAAUUCAAUGAAAAAAUCCUCGCUAGAUGAUAUAGCAUGUAAUACCAAAAAAAACAAGAAAAAAAGUAACAUUCCUAUUUCUGCAAACAGUGGAUGCACUGUUAGUAAUGAGAUUACUCCUACAGUUACUAAAAAAAAAAGGAAGACCAAAGCCGAGAUCUAUGCAGAAUUAGAACUGGAAUGGAAAAGCGUAUUACAAGAAAAUGGGAAACUAAAAUCAGUUAUAGCCAAAAUAAAGCAGGAAAUUGAAAUAUAUACUCACUAUUUAGUUAAUCAGGAGACAAAAUUAAAAUUACAGAACAAAAAAGUGAUAAAUGCAUCAUUAACUCAACAAAAACAACAAAAAUUAAAGCAAGUGGAAGGGGACGAAAACAUUACUGUUGAGUCUGUGAACAAUAGAAGGAAAAGUACCUUGAUAAAUAAAAACAAUACUCAUAAAGGUGCUAUGAAUAUGGAUAACAGUGUUGUUGCUACGAUUCAUACUUCUAAUGAUAAAAAUAACAGCAAAACUGCUUCCAACAACGGCAAUAAUAACAAUCAUGGUAAUACUAAUGUUGCCACUGCCACUACUACUACUGCUAAUAAUAAUAAUAAAAGUAUUCUGGAAAAUACUUCCUUUAAUUUACCUAUCGAAGAUAAUCCUAUAAUGUUUGACACAACCUUACCCAAGUUAGAAGCGUUGCUAAUAUUUGACGAUAUUACACCAACAAGCGGUACCACCACAACUACAGCCACGACCCAAAAUAAUACACCAGAUACAACAACAAAUACCAAUAGUACUGGUAUUACCGUGGCUGCCGGUAAUAAUAAUAAUAAUAAUAAUAAUAUUACUGCUACAGGGAUUAAGAGAAAAAGAAGAAAGAAAUCCGCCACUUCUGUUAGCAAAGCAAGUACUACUUCUGCACCAGCUGAUACAAACAUUGUUAGCACAGAGAGUAGCAACAUUAUGCUUAUAGAUGAUAUGCUAAAUAAUAGGUUUUUUGAAACUUUGCCCAAUGCCAACAUUGAUGCGAGUCACGCAUCUUCCAAUAGUACUUCUAUCAUGACAGAUAAUUUAUUUUUUUCUCCAUCGCCUCAAAGUUUAACGCCAUCUUCCACCAGUAUAAGUUUAAGUCCUAUAGUUAGUUUGGAUAACGGCAACCUUAGCACAGCAACAAAACAAAAGAAACAUAGGGGCAGAAGAAAUACCAUUUCGACUGAGAAUAUUAGCAAGACCUCUACCACUACAAGCACUAAGCCAAGAAGGAAAUCAGUAAAGGGCAAAUGUGGUAAUACAAGGGGCAGAAAAAAGAAGACGCCUAUUACUGCUGUCACUAUUAAUACGAAUGACGAUAAUGAUAAACAAGCUUUAAAAACACAGUCAUCGACAGCGCCACAACAACAACAACAACAAAUGGCCGAUUGUUCAAUCGCUAAUAUUGGGAAUGACAAGAAGGACAACUGUUUAGCGAUACCCACUAACAAAGAAGAUGAUAGUGGUGAAGCAACUUUAAAUACAAAUACACCUCCUACAUUGGUUAACGACUUAGAGCCAGAUGAUAUUAUGUUAAUGAACACUUUAAGAACGGUUCUGGACAAGAUGUAG